CGCUGGCCCCGCCACCGUUGCAGUCGAGAGGCUAGCGCAGGUAGUCGAGCAUCCCCGAGCAAAUGGAGGUCCUUCAGGCUGUGGCUGGCUGUGAGCGUUGUUUAAGUGGGCGAUGAUAACGAACUCCUGACUCAAAGCUGAUGUACUAGGAUACGUCAUUGCAGAGACGACCCAGCAGGCCUUUGACUACAGUGCAUGCAGGUACACGUGAAACGAGUAUGAAUAGAACUGAGGCUCUAAAAGUUCUAUUAGGUACGGACAAUGCCAGCCUGUGGAAUAUGUGAGCAUCCUUUUUCCAAGCAUCACCUAGCAGAACCAACCUUACGUGCACCAUUUAUCGACUGCUGCUGGUAGCAGCUUCCCUACGAAGUUUCCUCGUUCUUACAAGCCAUGACUAGCGCUGGGGCGGGGGCAGCCUCGCAGAUCCACUGGGCGCAAGUCCGCAAUAACGAAAAUCUCGGUCAUGUCUCAAAAUAUCCCUUGAACCGAGUUACAGAGCAGCACGCUGCUCACUUCUACAGUCGACAACACCUACCGAUCGAAGAAGAUGUCUUCAUUCGCGGCGUCCUCGCGCUUCGAUCACAAGACGAUAUUGAAAGCGAGUUUCGAAAGUUACUUCGUGCUGGUCAAUGGGGGCAGAAUACGAGACUGAGAAUCGGUGAACACAGAUACUCCAGAAUCGAGACUGAGGUUCUGUACAAUGCUUGGAUGAGUGGCAAAAGAGAGACUCUGUGGAAUCUAUCAAGGCUGCAUCGACUUUUGAUAGUUGCCUGCAUAUACGCUGCGAUGACUCAGGGUUGGGAUCAAGCAGCUAUGGCCGGUGCUGCGAUUGAAGUCAUGAACAACCUGGGCAAAUCCACUGUCACAGGUCCCUCCUCCGGAACCGCCAAACGAACGACCAACUCCAACGUCGACCUCGACAAGAAUACCUGGCUUCUUGGAGUCACCGUUGGUGUUCCAUUCUUUGCUGGUGCCGUGUUGGGCUUGAUCAUCACCGAUCCUAUCACCAGAUUUCUAGGGUUUGGUCGGCGAGGUGCGAUCUGCAUCGCGGGUGUCUUCAGUCUCAUCUCGGUUGUUGGUUCAGCUGCUGUACAUAAAUGGGAACAUCUUCUCGGUUUCAGAAUACUACUCGGCGCUGGCAUGGCGGGCAAGGCAUCGAUCGUCCCUAUACUCCUGUCAGAAACGUCCCCCAAGAAUGUGCGCGGCGUUCUUCUCGUCUGCUGGCAGCUGUUUGUGGCCUUUGGAUUGGCUGCUGGAUCUGUCGCCAACCUGAGUGUAUAUCGUCUCAAUAUUCAAUCGAGCUGGCGGUACAUGUUCGUUGCAGCAUUUCUGCCAGCUCUUCUCCUACUCUCGUUAAUUCUGUUCUCGCCCGAAUCACCACGCUGGCUUCUAAAGGAGAGCGGGGCAGCCAAAAGUCAAAGUGGAGACACAGCGCAGAGUCAAAAGCUUAUCCGAGACGCCUACCUAUCACUGAUCGAUUUGCGGGGCGAACCUAGCCCGAUACUAGCUGCUGGCGAAAUCUACUUGAUGCACACGCGGCUCAUUGAUGAGCAACACCGGCUCAAGGACGAAUUAGCCAGGACUAGACCAACGACAUUACCAGACGAAGGGCCAAGGGCUGAAAGUCGACUUGUGGGUGAAAUAGAACACAUUGGAUGGUGGCCAAGAGUCAAACUAAUGUUUCUCUACCCCGGCUUUACAAGACGAGCCCAUCUAGCUGCAGCCGCGGUCAUGAUAUCGCAACAGCUGUGCGGUAUCAACCUGUUAGCUUUCCUAGCUGACAGGUUCUUCCGAGACUCCAUCAUUCACCAUACCCAAAACACUACACCGGAUGAGAACAUGCAGUUGCUAGGCACCUCAUUCGGCUUCAUGUUUCUCAACUUCUCGGCGACCACCAUUGCACUGUUUCAAAUCGACAAACCCAACGGAAGGCGCACGCUCCUCAACUGGUCUUUCCCCGGCAUGGCAAUAUCUUUGUUAGGAUCUGCCCUGGUACUCACAAAGCCGGGUGAGCGUACCGCAGGCGUCAUUGCGGGACACUUCAUCUUCCUGGCGCUCUUCAUGAUCGCAUACUCCGCAGGAGAAGGCCCCGCAGCUUUCGUCAUAUCAGCAGAAGUUUUCCCGCUCGUGAACAGGGAACUUGGAAUGAGCCUCGCCGUGUUUUGGAAUUUCAUGGGCGCGGGUGUUCUGGCUGUGAUCGCUCCGUGGCUGUUGAAGGAGCUUGGCCAAUUCGGAGUGCUCUUGCUCUUUUCUGGAACCAAUCUGUUCGCAUGGUUCCUCUGUUCUUGGCUUAUUCCGGAUACUGGCAUCGAAGCUCUGGAGGAUGUUUUUGACCGACUUGAUAUCACGACAUGGUUUAUGUUCAGGUACACAGUGUGGAAAAUACUGUGGAGGGUUACCAAGCCCUUACACUGGUGCCUUAACUUCAAAACCACAACAUGGUCCGAGGCUGGUUUUGGGCGGAAGCCUGGAUCACCCAGGGAUGAGUUUGAUGAGUCGAAGCCGAACACUCAGCAUACUGAUGGGGAUACUGCAUCACAACCCGAACAAUACGAGAUGGAUGGGCCACUUAUCACAAAUGGUCACGCAGCUGGGGGGGUUUAAUUCUCGGGGGCGAAGGAAAAUUGUCGCUCUGGAGUAUCCGGACCAAGCCUGUGGAGUGCGCAGUCUACACCAUUUCCAUCUCCGAGGUGUUGUCUGUCGACUUGUCGUAUUGAAGUGAACUGCUUUCCUCUUCCAGGUAGCUUCUCCGGUACGUCUGCAUCCUCCAUCUCCAGCAAGCCAAGGUCAUGACGGUAAGGGGAACCGAGAUGACGAAAUAGAGCCAUAGUUGUUUCGACACUAAGAGGUUGCGGGACUCAGAGUCGAAGUCCACAAGGUUCAUACCGAACAUAGU